ACAGUACAGUAACAGCAGCAGACGGACAUCACCUCCUCUCCCAUGGAUAAGUUUGUGUUCCUGUUGGUCCUUGUGUCUCCAGCAGCUUCUGAUGUGAUACGAGUGAAACCUGGAGAUAAUGUCACUCUGUCAUGUCAGGCUGGUGAAGCCUCCAUCAGAGCUGUAGAGUGGAGCAGACCUGACCUGGAGCCAGACUACGUCGUCUUUCACAGAGAUGGACUCUCAGAUCCAACCCACCAGCAUCCAUCCUUUAAGGACCGGGUGCAGCUGGUGGACAGAGAGCUGAAGGACGGAGACGUGUCUUUAAUUCUGAAGAAUGUGAGCAGCAACGACGCUGGAACAUACGAGUGUCGAGUUGCAACAGGAGGUUCAAGACGUAAGAGAGCCAUUAUUGAGACUGAGCCAAUCAGAAUCAUCCAGCUGGAGGUUUCAGGGUCCAACAGCGGAGACGUCGAGGAGGGAAACCAAAUCAACAAAAACCCCACAGAGGGAAACUACGGUCUUUACUACGGACUGGGAGCAGCUUUUGUUCUGGUUUGUUUAGCUGCUGUUGGAUUGGCUGUUGGCUGGAAAUAUAAAAGACAUAAGGACAAGAAACCAGAACAGCGUGCUGCUGAUAAAGCAGUGAACGACCAGUUACUCUGACUUGUCACAGACUCUUUCCACUUGUCAAUAUGUGUUUCAUACUUUCAACAUGAUUUUCAGUCUUUCUGUUGUUGUGAAUGUGUAAAUCUGGCGUUUGAGGCUCUCCACCAUGAUAAUCUGCUUCAUCAGUGCAGACAGACGGUGGUGGAGGGGUUUGCGUGCUCGUUGACUGAAGUUGUCUGGUCAGGUCUCCAUGACAAAUUGGUCCCAGGAACAACAGUCUGAUUUCUGUUGCUUCGCCAACAUGGGUCCCGUUUUUAAGACCUGCGUUGGGACCUGUUCCGGUUGAUCUGGCUGGUGGAUUGUGGUACCAAGUGUUUCACUAAUAAAACUGGGGAAAAACUGACAAGUGUAGUGAAGGGCAAUAUGCAAUAUGUAUAAAAGAGGAGGAAGUUACCUGACGGCUUUACAAAAUGAAGUGAAUAAAAAUGUUACAGUAAGGAGAGUAAAUGUAGCUGGUUGCUUGCAGCCUCAGCACUGAUGUAUCACAGGGAGCUUCAUGAACAGAUUAACCAGCUUUAAACAGAAAAACGGUCUCUGAUGUCAGAAAUGUCAGCAGACAGAGCGCAAACCAAACCUGUUGAAACCAGGUGGAGAGAGGUUUAUUUAUACAUACAUUUAUAUGAUGAAUAUUGAGUAUUCUAAUGUUUUCUUUUAGAAUUUGAUGUUUUAAAACCUGUGAUGUCUGUAUAUAUUUAUGUUAUAAGCUAAUGAUAUCAGAAGGACGUGGCCUUGUGUGAUUUAACCAGAGUUGUUGAUUAAACUCUGAUUACUUUUGAAAACUGUUAAACAAACCAAAAAGAUCAGACCUGUGGUCAGAGCAUCUGAUGAAACUCUGUCAAACUGAGAAUAAUUGACAGAGUAGAAUUACACGAUCGGUACAAAAGAACAUGUGGUUAUGCAAUAAUUUGUUAAAAAAAAAAAAAAAAAACAGCGUAGCCAGGACGCCCGCUUUUUGGCGCCGUGGAAUUGUGUAAACAACGACGCAUUUUUCGUCGGUCUUGAGGCGGCGAAAAAAACCGUCGCUCUGUGUGCUCAUGUAACGCCGCUUUUUACGGGGCUCAGUGUCCCCAAUGACGUGCAUCAUAACGCAUUACAAGACACCUAGUGUUAAAGGAUAAUGAGCUCCACCCUGUCUUCAGUUUGAACUGUUAUCACCUAAUCAGUAAAUAACAAGAACAGACCACAUUAAUCCAACCCAGCACAAGGAUGAGCUUCCCUACCUUAGAUCAUAAAUACCUUCAGAAUUCACACAGACACUUUAGCUCACUGCUAAUGACGCAACCUUACAAGUAGUUUCUGUGGGUCGCAGGUUUGCGCCUCGUUUGUAUCUUGUUUAAUGUUUGUUUGUUAAUUUAUUACAGGGACAGUGCAUAUUCAUAAACAUUUCUGUCAAUAUGCCAGAAUUAGCCUAAAGGCUAUUUUUCAUCUGCAGUCCCUAGACAGAUGUUAAGAGUCACCCUAAAAAAGAUUACAUAGCACUAAAAAAUUAAGAUACAUUUAGUAAAAUAUCUAUUAUAUUAGAAUAUACAAUCUAAACGCAUCAAAACAACAAUCGGACAAACAUCACGUAAAAACAUGACACACACAUAAGGAAAAAAAAGUCAACAGUGUGCGUCAAGAGCAUGUGUAGUAAUAGGUUAAUGUUGACAACUCUGAUGAUCAAUAAGCCAUUUCCUUAACUGAAUCUUAAAUGAACUAUACGUGUUUAUAUUUCUGAUAGUUAUGGGGGUGAGGUUCCACUCAGCAGCAGCUAGAACAGAAAAAGCAGUAUGACCAAAUACACUUUUCUUAAAGGGAAUGAUACAAUCUCCCCUAGCUGCACCUCUGGUCCUGCAGGAAUCAGCUGUUCGGGUAUUGACAAACUGUUGGAGGGGAGGGGAAGAUAAACCAUGAAUAAUUUUAUAAAUAAGACAUAGAUUUGAGUAUUUAACCAUAUUAUCCCAACUGAGCAAUCUAUAUUUUUGUAAUAUUGGACAGUGAUGAGAAAUACAUGGUUUCUUAUCCAGAGUUUUAACAGUUCGUUUGUAAAGUGAUUGCAGAGGUUUCAAAGAUGUAAUACUAGCUUGUGCCCAAAUGGGUAGACAGUAAGUGAUGUGUGAGAAAAUCAUAGAGUGCAUGUACAUUUUUGCUGCCUGUGUGGACAUUUGAUGGCGAAUGUGUCUAAAGUUACUGAGACUAUUUAAUUCGAUUACAGACCACUUUUACAUGUGAUGAGAAUGAUAACUUUGAAUCAAUUAAAACUCCCAGAUAUUUGUAUUCUGACACGAUCUGCAAUUUUUCCCCUGAAACAAAAAUAUCUGGCUCAACACUGAAGUUUUUGUGGGACUUAGUAAAAAACAUUGCUACUGUUUUUGAUGUAUUCAGCUGCAUGCAGGAGUGUUUCAACCAAGUUGUGAUGCUAUCCAUGUAGUUAGUGAGCUUCUCAACCACCUGAGCGAUAUUCCUACCGUGUGCAUAGACUACGGUGUCAUCAGCAUACAUCUGCACAAAAACAUCAGGACAAGCGAGUGGGAGGUCAUUUAUAUAAAUGGAGAAUAACAGAGGCCCUAAAUUAGAUCCCUGAGGAAGACCGGUGGACAGACUCAAGGCCGCCGAUUUAGAUGAUUGAACUCUGACAUGUUGGGAACGGUCAGUGAGAUAAGACUCAACCCAUUUAAGUGCAUCUGAGGAAAAUUUAAAAUUACAUAAUUUUGUCAGUAAAAUUUUAUAAUUAACAGUGUCAAAAGCCUUCCUGAGAUCCAGAAAUACCGCUCCAACAACCCCACCUUGAUCUAACAGAGCUCUUAUAUUUUCAGUAAGGAAACAAGUCGCAGUCUCGGUGGAGUAUUUUGCUCUAAAGCCAAACUGCAUAGGGUGGAGAGCAUAGGGAGUGGUGUUUAGAUGGUUAAUAAUUUGCUUUGCAAUCAGUUUCUCGGCAAUCUUAGACAUUGUGGGCAAUAUACUUAUGGGCCUGUAGUUUGACAUGGAAUGAGGAUCUCCACUUUUAAAAACUGGAACAACAACAGCUGGUUUCCACAUACUUGGGAACAAAUUUUGAGAAAUGGACAGAUUAAUAAUUUUGGUGAUGGGGGGUGUAAUUGAUGUACUUAAAGCCUUGAGCAUCACCGUAUCUAUAUCAAAAAUAUCUUUGCAUCUCGAUGGUCUGAGUGAUUUAAUGGUCUGUGAUACUUCUAGUUCUGUGAUAUUAAAUACGUUGAAAACUGAGUGACUUGUGUCUAUUGGCGGAGUAAAUACGUUCUCAGGUGUAAAACGGCUUGCUAUGUUAGCCACAGAAUCAAUAAAAUGAUGAUUAAAAGCCUCUGCUACCUCUAGA